CAAUCCCCUCUUAUAGUAGCAUCCCACCAUCCGAGUCCUCUCCAGCUAUAUUGGGAACAUGGCGAAGCAUCAUCCUGACCUGAUUAUGUGCCGGAAGCAACCUGGAAUAGCUAUUGGAAGGUUGUGUGAAAAGUGCGACGGUAAGUGUGUAAUUUGUGAAUCUUAUGUAUGUCCUUGCACCCUUGUUCGGGUUUGCGAUGAGUGCAACUAUGGAUCUUUCCAGGGAAGGUGUGUUAUUUGUGGAGGGGUUGUAAUUUCUGAUGCUUGUUACUGCAAAGAGUGUACUCAGCAGGAGAAAGAUAGAGAUGGGUGCCUGAAAAUUGUGAAUCUGGGAAUUGCCAAAACAGAUCUGUUCUAUGAACAGAAAACGUAUGGUUUCAAGAAAAGAUGAUCAUUAGCAGGUCAUGUUUCGCUCAGCUUCGGGAAAUCAUUUUGUUUUGUUCAUCAUUGAGGCUUAGCCAAUAUUAUAAUCAGGUUCAGUAGAUGAACUUUGGACGGUAUCCAGGUGUCGCCACGUCAUCCACUCCUGUCACUUUGGACAAACAUUGCGGCUGUAAUUUAUUACGGUACAGUAGCAGGUGCGGAAUCGUCGCUCCUGUCACUAACACAAAGACCACUGCCACCGGCUGCAAACUGCCCGCAGACAAUAAUGAGAAUAAAUUACGAAUCAUUAGUGGCAAAAACGUCAUUUAAUGAAUCCAUUGUCUUUGACAUCGGUCAUCAGCUGAAAGCCUGAAAACAGAGGGAGGUGUGGUUUGGACAUUUCCAAUUUGAUAAACCACCAUUUUCUUCUCUGAUCAAAAUCCGGUGGAAAUGGACGGCGGUGGAUCUUGCUCUGGCGGAAGUUUCAAGCUGUACGAGGGGCUGAAAUUGCAGGAGUUUCAGGACAAGUGAUCAAAUCCGUUGCGGCUCUGGAUCGAGGCUUCUCGAUCGACUGCCGCAACGGCUCCAUUAAGCCGCUU